UUUAUUAAAGACACGCCCCCUUGUCUUACCUGAAAUGGAGGAGCACUGCCCUUAAAGAAAGGUGCAACACAAACGUCAAGUUGCUAGUCAGGCAGACAUCGUUACUAGUUGAAGAAAGCGUACAGACCAUUUGAACAAUAAGGAAAAGAAGACGUCAUGCAGCCCUCUAACGUCUGUUGGUCCUUGACGAUAUGGAUGGUCCAGCUGGCCUUGAUGUUUCUCACUAUUCAAGCUCAAAACUGCACCAAACCCAUAGGAGGGCCAAACAUGGUUUUGUCAGAUGCCUUAAUCACUCAUGAGACAUUUGUAGACGGAGCAAAUGUCACUUUUGACUGUGCAAUUGGAUAUGUCCGUGCAGGAGGGUCUCGUACAGUCACCUGUACUGCUGGCGUGUGGAGUAAAGUGAAACUGGAAUGCGAAAGGAAGUCGUGUGGCUCCCCAGGAGAAGUGAUGAACGGCCAUUUUAAUCUCUCUGAGGGGAUCUUGUUUGGUGACAAGGUUGUUGCUACCUGUAACACUGGCUAUUUGCUUGUGGGCAGCGGUGUAAGGACCUGUAUGGACGGAGGCUGGGAUGGCAGAGUUCCUGUAUGUGAAGUGGUGAAGUGUGGAAAGCCCCCCACCAUUGUCAAUGGUGGGCCAGUUGUCCCACCUGAAGAGACGUAUAACUUUGGAGAUGUAGUGCAAUAUGGCUGUGAGAAGGAUUACACUCUGGUUGGAACUAAAUCCAUAACCUGCUCUGAGAAUGGAGAAUUCCAGCCAGCUCCACCUGAGUGUAAAAUGGUCUCAUGUCCUCCUCCUGUUGUUGACAAUGGCGUUCGGAUUGAAGGCCGUCCCCCCUAUACGUACAAGUCUUUUGUGACAUAUAAGUGCAACGCUGGAUAUGAGAUGGAGGGACAAGCCAGUCUGACCUGUGAAAUAGAAGGCUGGUCAGCUCCUUUCCCUACAUGCAGAGCUCAAAGCUGCACCAAACCCAUAGGAGGGCCAAACAUGGUUUUGUCAGAUGCCUUAAUCACUCAUGAGACAUUUGUAGACAGAGCAAAAGUCACCUUUGACUGUGCAAUUGGAUAUGUCCGUGCAGGAGGGUCUCGAUCAGUCACCUGUACUGCUGGCGUGUGGAGUGAAGUGAAACUGAUAUGCGAAAGGAAGUCGUGUGGCUCCCCAGGAGAAGUGAUGAACGGCGAUUUUGAUCUCUCUGAGGGGAUCUUGUUUGGCGACAAGGUUGUUGCUACCUGUAACACUGGCUAUAUGCUUGUGGGCAGCGAUGUAAGGACCUGUAUGGACGGAGGCUGGGAUGGCAGAGUUCCUUUAUGUGAAGUGGUGAAGUGUGGAAAGCCCCCCACCAUUUUCAACGGUGUGCCUGUUGUCCCACCUGAAGAGACGUAUCACUAUGGAAGUGUAGUGCAAUAUGGCUGUGAGAAGGAUUACACUCUGGUUGGAACUAAAUCCAUAACCUGCUUGGAGAAUGGAGAAUUCCAGCCAGCUCCACCUGAGUGUAAAAUGGUCUCAUGUCUUCCUCCUGUUGUUGACAAUGGCGUUCGGAUUGAAGGCCGUCCCCCCUAUACGUACAAGUCUUUUGUGACAUAUAAGUGCAACGCUGGAUAUGAGAUGGAGGGACAAGCCACUCUGACCUGUGAAAUAGAAGGCUGGUCAACUCCUUUCCCUACAUGCAAAGCUCAAAGCUGCACCAAACCCAUAGGAGGGCCAAACAUGGUUUUGUCAGAUGCCUUCAUCGCUCAAGAGACAUUUGUAGACGGAGCAAAAGUCACUUUUGACUGUGCAAUUGGAUAUGUCAGUGCAGGAGGGUCUCAUACAGUCACCUGUUCUGCUGGCGUGUGGAGUGAAGUGAAACUGAUAUGCGAAAGGAAGUCGUGUGGCUCCCCAGGAGAAGUGAUGAACGGCCAUUAUGAUCUCUCUGAGGGGAUCUUGUUUGGCGACAAGGUUGUUGCUACCUGUAACACUGGCUAUAUUCUUGUGGGCAGCGAUGUAAGGACCUGUAUGGACGGAGGCUGGGAUGGCAGAGUUCCUGUAUGUGAAGAAGAGCAUGUACCUGGUCCCACUGAUCAAACCCCGAAGCCCAGCGACAACACUGGGUUAAUAGCAGGCUGUGUUGUAGGUGUACUUGUCGUACUUCUUUGUCUUGCGGUAUUUGUAUUCUACAAAGUUAAACGAAGCUCUCGAAGUGGCUACUCAGGAAAUGUGGCCACUAAAAACUCUGAAGACAAUGAGUUGUAGCAUCCUCGGCCAUGUGCCAAGGAGCCUACUUUACCUUAGUCGUCUCCUGCUAAUUGAGAAAGGAGUCACGGAGAACUGGCUGCUAUGACGGUGCCCCCGAAUCAACUACCUUCCGCUUAACAAUACAGCAGCCCCUCCCAGACACCGGGAAUGGUUCAUAUCCUUUCAAAGGAAGCUCUAUUACGUGAUGAUAUGGAACUUCACGAUGAAGAAUGUAUUGGUUCACUCCCAUUUGGAAGCUUGUGCAUAAGGAGUGGCCUAACUUGAUUACUUAAUCUAAGCCUGCUUUAUCUCAUUGCCUACAUUCUGAUGUUAAAAUUCCCCCAUAUGUAUGGCAGCUGCUCUUCAGGGCGACCAUGCAUCACAAAGCCAGUUUUACCCCCUCUGAAAUAAAGACAUUUAAGGAAAUCUUAUCCUUUGCGAUAUAAAAAAAAACCACUCACAAUAUAUCAUGCAGUUUAAUAUGUCAUACCACCAAAGGUCAACAAUGGUUUCAUAGACCAGGUUGCAGAUGUGUUGAACGUAACCUCGAGUUCAUGAACAAAAUCUGGUUCAAAGAGAAUCAAUGGGCUUUCACUAAGUUUAGCUCUAGUCAUUGGCCUUGGACAAGUCUUAAUUGUGUAAAUAUCAGGUAAAUCUAAAAAGGUUGGUUUUAUAAGGAGACCAUGGAAUUGAUGCAUUAUACUUAUUUUGUAAAGUGUGCUAGUUCUUUGAGGGAUCAAGGACUCUGGCUCAUGGUCCAGCUUCUGAAUAUUUAUUUGCACUUAAAGCCUAUGUGUAUUGUCUUGGAGUUCUACUGUAGAUAAGCCAAUGAAAGAUUUAUUUAAAAAAAGAUGUAAAUACAUUUUGUUUUAAUGAGAAGUUAAAAAGGAAAAAUACAUGCCUGUAAUGUUCCAAUGUCUAUUUUCAGAGAUGAAUCAUGUUUCCGUGACACAUUUUCACUCUAAACUGUUCUGGAUUUGGGUGUAACUGGCUCACAUUGAAUGUGUAAGAUUAAUUCUGCCGACUGAUUUAAGCAGAUUGCGCAAAUGUAUUGGAGAUCUGCUUUUCAACCACUUGUAAUAUAACAUCCACCAUACCUAACAGUUGAAUUACUGCCUUGAGUAAAUUUACAAAGUGAUGUUCACAAUAGUGCAAGACUAUCUGGGUCGUGGUGUUCUAUAGGCAGGACACCUGCAGCUCUCAGUAAUAUCAGGCUCAACUUAAUGUGUUUUGAAUGUUCAAAGUGCUCUGGAUUCUUCACUAUGCCUUAGCAAUGGAAAAUACCAAACAUUCUGCAGUUGUACCCUUUAUUUAAUUUGUAUUAUCUUGACAGACAUUUUCCACUGCCCUUUUUAUUCCAUUGCUUGGUUGUCUCUUACAGGCUGUCCUGUUUUUUCUUUGUUAAUGAAAAUAACAGAUGUAAUAUGUUGUGUGAGAUCUAAUAGCACUUGUGUGCAUAAAACUAGUGGUUGCUUCAUAUGAAACCAGGUUCUUAUUUAUUAUGCUAAGAAGUUUAGAAAGUUGCAAAUAAAAGUGUAAUGAAGAAUAUUUUUAGAGUUGGAUGUCUAUUGUAUAGCCUACAGUAAAUUUGAAUUAGCUUUAUUCUGGUCAAUGUACCCUACUAAGCAGAGCGGUGUUCAACAUAACCAAACAAGACAGCCACAUUUUUAAUGCUUUUUACUUGCUAUGUUUUCAAAAUGGAAUGCAAAUCAUGUUCCAGAAUGUCAUCUUUCAUUUGAUCUUUGAAACCAUUAUUUCCAACAGAGGAGCACAUUGAAUUAACAAAAUGAAGUAUUCAUGUGUUUUUGAAGUAUACUGUAGUGGCUCUAUUCAAUCUGUAUCGCUGAAGCGUUACAUAUUGCGCAAUAUAAAUGUAAAGGUAAUUUCCGAUUGGUCAACAUGCAGCGUUUACUGUUAAUGCAGUCUCUGCUAAAGCUGGAACAAUGUCUGUACUUGUGUCUUUGGUUUCAGUGUGUCUGUAACCUGUUAAAUUCAGUGUGGAACCACUUUAAACUGGUAUGUUGUGGUCAGCCAGUUAUGAAACAUUUUUUGCACUUGUUUGAUUAACUUAAUGUACCAAUCAAUUAAACGGCAAUCAUUUUUAACAUGAA